CUGAUGAGCCCCCUACUUUUCAGCGCUGUUCUUUGUUUUAUGAGCAUAGCAUCAGCCAACAUCUUUGAGUAUGAGGCAGAAACUCAACCUCUUCGGCCUUGUGAGCUUCAGAGGGAGAAGGCUUUCAAGGGAAACGAAGACUAUAUCCCUCAGUGUACAGAAGAUGGACAGUUCAGGAACAUGCAGUGUAAUAAAAACGGCAGUGUCUGCUGGUGUGUAGAUGACAAAGGAGCUGAAGUAUCAGGCACUAGGCAGUCUGGAUCACCUUUGGCUUGUUUAUCCUUCUGCCAGCUAGAGAAGCAACGAAUCUUAGUCAGUCGUUACAUCAACAACAGUGCAACCUCCUACAUCCCCCAGUGUCUGGAUUCUGGUGAAUUUGACCCAAUCCAGUGUGACUUGGGCCUCAUACAAUGCUGGUGUGUUGACCCCGAAGGGAUGGAGAUUUAUGGCACCAGACAAAAAGGCAAACCAAAGCGAUGUCCUGGGAAAUGUGAGAUCCGAGACCGCCGCGUUCUUCAUGGUGUUGGGGAAAAAAGCCCUCCCCAGUGUUCACCCAAUGGGGAGUUUCUGCCCGUUCAGUGCAAGUUUAUCAACACAACAGACAGGAUGGUCUUUGAUCUUGUCCACCAUUUCAACAGGUUCCCAGAUGCCUUCCUAACCUUUAGUUCCUUCAGACAAUUUUACCCUGAUAUCUCUGGCUAUUGUUACUGUGCCGACAGUCUAGGCAGAGAGUUAGAGGAUACAGGUUUGGAAAUGUUGGUAGACAAUGUUUAUGACACAGUUUUUGCAUCACUGGAUCCCGUUCGCACCUUCACUGAAACCAGCAUGUACCGGAUCUUGCAGAGACGUUUUUUAGGAGUCCACCUGGCUAUGUCUGGCAGAUUCAGAUGCCCCUCCAAGUGUGAAACAGAGAGAUCUGUCACCAUUCGCUUUGAACAGAGCUAUCAGCCAUUGUGCGAUGAGAAUGGAGCUUACAGACCAACACAGUGCCAGAUGGAUGGAGAGUGCUGGUGUGCGGAUGCCAAAGGGCAGGAGCUCCUUGGAACCAGAAGCAGGGGACAACGUCCAGCCUGUGAAGAAUUCACCUGUGUAUCUGAGCGACAAGAGUCUCUUUCCAGGCUUUUCUAUGGCCCAGUUGGACAUUUCAGUCAACAUAAUUUAUUCUCUGCUUCCCGAGAACUGCAAAAUAGAACGGCAUCUUCGAGAACUUGCCCUCCUUCCUUCAAGGAACUGUUUGUGGAUUCUGGUUUGCUGUCUUCUGUCCUAGAAAAAAUGGAAGAGUCUCAGUUCCUCAACCUUGAAUCCCUCCUUAGUGAAGCUGUUGGAGGGAUGUUUCCUUCAAGAGAGCUUGCUCAAGUCUCUCUUCGGUUUGCCAGCAACUCCAAGAGGUUCCAAGAAAAUCUCUUUGGGGGAAGGUUCUUGAAGAAUUUGGCUCAGUUUAACUUAACAGGAGCUGUCGGUCCCAAUGGGAAGGUGAACGUGGACCUGUUUUUCCAGCAGAACAAAAUGAGAGACAGCGCUAUUGAUCGGAACCAAAGUCUUGUGAAUAGCUUUGGCCGCACCAUCAAUUUGCGAGACAACCAAAAAGCUGUCCAGUUUCUCGCUUCUCUCCUUGAAGCCCCAGAAUUUUUCACUUUCUUGCAACAUGUUAUUUCUGUCCCAGAAAAUAUCGCCCAAGACUUAGGCGAAGUUGCGAGGGUAGUGUUGAAAACCAACGAGUGUACUGAGCAGGCGAAAAAUCUGUUUGUCCCAGCUUGCACCAAAGAAGGGAGGUAUGAAGAAGUGCAAUGUUAUGCAGGGGAUUGCUGGUGUGUAGACCUGAGGGGCAAAGAAAUCCCAGGGUCCAGAGUACGAGGCGGUCAUCCAAAGUGCCCUACGAUGUGCGAAAAACAAAGGGAAAAUCUCGAACGCUUGAGAAAAAGCCAGCCAGCAGGUUCCGAGCUGUUUGUUCCGUCAUGUACCCAGGAGGGGAAAUUUCUGCCUGUCCAGUGUCUUGGGAGAAAUUGCUUUUGUGUUGACUUCGAAGGCAGGACUAUUCCAGGAAUGGGAUCAAAUACAGGAGAGUCCAUUCAGUGUCCGACUGAGUGCCAAUUAGCAGCUGCUCAGGCUGUUCUACGUACUGUACAGCGCCUUUUCUUGGACCCCCUCAUCCUGCCUCAGUUCUCAGAAGUUUACAUCCCACAGUGCAGUCUGGAAGGUCUGUGGAGGCAAGUCCAGUGUAAUGGUCCCCCAGAACAAGCUUUCGAGUGGUAUCAAAGGUGGAUGACCCACAAUAAUAAUGGCAGAACUCUUCCUUUCACUGACUUGGUGGACACUCUCCUCAGCUAUAAACAAAGAACUCAACCAAGCUUUGAGGGCUUCGUCAAAAGGCUCUACGAAGAGGGCCACCAGAACAUCUUUCCAGAACUCUCCAAAUACCUUUCAUUCGAUGCUGUUCCUCAAGGAGUGUUGGAGGGCAAGAGCACAGUCGGGUCACCAGAGAAUAUUUUGCUCCAGCCGUUCCCCUUCUGGCAGCUUCUUCAGGCAAAUCUCAUCCGUUACCCAGGAUCUUAUGUGGAUUUCAGUACCCCCUUAGGGCAUUUUGAGCUCCGUAAUUGUUGGUGUGUGGAUGAAAGAGGACAAAUGCAAGGGGACAAAGCCAAUGUAAACAAGGUUCCAGACUGUCCUAGCAAAUGUGAAGCAGCCAGGAGAGAAGCCAUGCAAUUUGUUGGAGAAGUGGAACAACUCAUCACAGAUUCCAACAGCGCCCAUUUUCCUUUUGGGCAAAGUUUCUUAAUGGCCAAAAUUAAGCCUCUGAAUAAUCUGUCUCAGACUAGUAUCACCUUUUCAGAAAAACUAUUAACUGGGAGUGACUAUGCCAUCCGACUGGCUGCACAAUCAACCUUGCAAUUCUAUUGGAGAAGUCUGUUAAGGUCAAGUGAUUCUGCACAGGAAACCUUGCGCCUGGGAUUUCAGCCGUACGUGCCUCAGUGUGAUGGUCUGGGCAACUGGGAACCUGUCCAGUGCUAUGAGAGUUCAGGUCCUGGGUACUGCAGUGUGCUGAGGUCCAAGGCCCUCCAACGGGAAAUCGGAAAGGGGUACAUCCCUCAGUGCACAAGCGAUGGUGGGACCUUUUCACCUGUGCAAUGGACUGAGGACCAGGAAAGCUACUGGUGUGCCUUUGAGAACGGAGAGGAAGCUCCCGGGACACGCAUCAAUAGCAAGAAGCUCCCGUGUGAACGUCCUCUGUGUCGCUUGCCUUUUGAUGCCCCCGGCAUAAUCAAUGGUGGAGUCUUCUGGCUCCAGCCGUUCCAGAGUGUUCAGACUCAAAUGCAUUUCCAGCUUGUGCUCCCGCCUGAGAAGGCUUGUAGUCCAGAUUAUUCUGGGCUGCUAGAAGCUUUCCAGAUCUUUAUUCUGGAUGAUUUGAAGGCCCGUGGAUUUUGCCAUAUCCAGGUAAAUGCCUUAGAGCACCCGGUUUCUGUUCCUGUCUGUGAUGAUUCUUCUGUACGAGUUGAAUGUCUGGCUGCAGACCGCCUGGGAGUUAACGUCACCUGGAGAACUUUGCUUGAGGACAUCCCAGCCUCUUUACUUCCUGAUUUACACAACGUCGAAGAAGCAAUGGUUGGUGAAAAUCUCGUCGGUCGAUUUGAGUCACUGGUCAGGAGCGGUGGCUUCCUUCUCCAUUUGGACAACAAACAGUUCAAAGCAGAUACGUCCAUGCUUUUUUUCAAAAAUGGAGACUUCAGCACAGCCCCUCAAGUUCAGCUUGGGUGCAGAACUGGUUUCCAGAAGGUUUUAGCUGUCAGAAGUGUGACCCCCAAUCUCCAAGGAUGUGUGGUCUGUCCUCCAGGAACCUUCUCCCAGAACGACAGCUGCGUUCCAUGCCCUUCUGGAUUCUAUCAAGACCAGGCAGGAAGUUUGAUCUGCUUGAAGUGUCCUCUUGGGAAAUCAACCAUCUCUGUGGGAGCUUUCCAUGCUGAGCAUUGUCUUACAAACUGCCAACGGGAUAAGCGAGGUGUGCCAUGUGAUGAAACUGGACAGUACAGGCCUUCUUAUGAAGACUCAGCCACCAACAAAUCAUUCUGUGUCGACAGCCUGGGAGAGAUAUUGGAGUGGACAGAAACGGAGGGCCCGCUUACUGACUCCCAAUGUUUAGUUCUCAGGCGUUUUGAGAAGAUUCCUGCUACCAAGCUUUCCUUCACAACAGAAGAGGUUGAGAUUGUUAGCUCUCAAGCCAUCCAAGGAGAACCACAGAGUGCUCGCCAACAGUGCGUUGCAGAGUGUGAGCAGGAGGAAUCGUGUGGGUUUCUUACAUUGUCUGUCAGUGGGACGGAAACACGCUGUGACCUGUACAGCGCUCGGGAAAGCAACUACAACUGCUCUGCUUCAGGAAUGGUUCAGGGUGCUUGGGAUAAUCCUGCCACCACCCGUGUUGAUCAUCUCACCUGCUUGCUGAAAGUGAAAAGCCAAGACCAGAACCCAGUGGGGGUGUAUCUGAAAAAGGAGUCCGACAUGAUUACUCGAACAAGAUCUGAGGUGUGUGACACUGGUGUUCCUCUGACAGAAACAAACCCCGUGCUACCAGCAUCCACACCGCAACUCUUUUCUCCACUGGAGAGCACUCAGAUUCUGAUUGACCCAAAUCGUCCUGUACCAUCUCAAGAAUACUGGCUUUUCAAGGCUAGAUUCUCAGCUGAAGAGGCCCGCCUCUGGUGUUUUGCACGUUGCUCAGAAGAUGACUUUUGCCAGAUGGUUGACAUCCCGAAUGCCACAACGUCCAUGUUCUUCCCUUGCACCCUGUAUCCGGCGGCUCAAGUCUGUGACAAUACCACAAACAGCCUCCUAGACAACUGUAACAUUGUGUUACCUCAGAAUCCCCAGCUUUUGUAUCAAAAGAAGGUGUCUCUGGAAGGGAGCGUGAAGAAUUUUUACACUCGCUUGCCUUUCCGUAAAAUGUCAAGCAUCUCUGUGAGGAACAAGAUGGACGUGUCCGGGAAAACUCUGUCCAAUGGGUUUUUGGACUGUGAGCGCUUCUGUGAUGCCGAUCCCUGUUGUUCAGGCUUUGGAUUUUUAGGUGCUUCCCAAGGCUCAGACAGCAAGGUCGUGUGCUUGACUCUGAACAGUUUGGGAAUCCAGACUUGCAGUGAGGAAAUCGCCGGUGAUUGGCGGGUUUCUGAUUGUGCCUCUCCUCCGACCGAAUCCAUGGCCCAUCCUUUUGGCUGGUACCAAAAAGGCACAACUGUUCCCAGAAUUUGCCCACCUGUUCCUCUACCUAGAAAGCAAGGAAAUGUGACUUUGGAUAAAUGGAAGCGUGUCGAUGGAGCUGCUACCCUUAUCGAUCCCUCCAUUUCACAAUUUGAUAUUAUGCAUGUCAGCAGAGAUACCUCAAGCGACUUUGCCAACAUCCGAGACUUUUGCCUCUCAGUUUGUUCGAAGGAAAAAUUAUGCUUGACGACAACCCUUGAAGUGCGACCGACAUCCGUACGGUGUCUGUUCUACCCAGAAACACAGAUCUGCACACUUGAUCUCCAAGGCCAUCAUUGUCGACUUGGGCUCAAGGAGCCGGCUACGUACAUCUAUCGCAAGCAGGAUGCCUUCCUGCCUAUAGCUGGGACCAACGAUGCCCCCUCUGUCUUCAUCUCUUCCCAAGGAACUCUGAUUGGCUCAUCUCUAGCCAUUCAAGUGGGUUCCAGCUGGAAGAGAAUCAGCCAGUUCCUUGGGAUUCCUUAUGCGACGCCUCCAGUGGCAGAGAACCGGUUCCGUCCACCUCAGGCUUUCUCCUGGGCAGGAUCCUGGAACGCCACUACAAUUCGGGCUAGUUGCUGGCAGCCUGGAGACGGUGAAUCCAGUCCUUCAUCUGUCAGUGAAGACUGCUUGUAUCUCAACAUUUACAUACCGGAGAGCACAGGAGGAAAUCUACCAGUGCUGGUAUUCUUUCACAAUGGCCUAAGUAAUGCCGGUGACCAAACGAGAACAGUCAUUGAUGGAUCCUAUUUAGCUGGAGUUGGCAAUCUUAUUGUUGUAACUGCAAAUUAUCGGGUUGGAGUUUUCGGCUUUCUUAGCAGUGGGACCAGUGUAGCAAAAGGGAACUGGGGUCUUCUGGACCAGGAAGCAGUUCUGAAGUGGACUCAGCAAAACAUUGCAAGUUUGGGAGGAGACCCAGAUCGGAUUUCGGUGGCAGCUGAUGGCAGCGGAGCUGAUGUCACCAGCCUUCACCUCCUUGCCGGGGGUGCGGAUCCUGCACUCUUCAAAAGGAUGCUGCUCAUGGGAGGAUCUGCUUUCUCUCCAGCAUCAACAAUCAGCAAGGAGAAAGCACAGCUGCAAGCUGCUGUUUUGGCCCGUGAAUUGGGCUGCCCAUCAGAUGGCAGUGAAGAAACCAUCUCCUGCCUGCGCCAGCUGCCUGCCAAAGUUCUCAAUGAUGCACAAACCAGGCUCCUUGCUAUAAGUGGGCCAUUUCAGUACUGGGGCCCUGUGGUGGAUGGAUCCUACCUUCAAGAGUCUCCCGCAGCCGCUCUGCAACGCCUUCGGCCUGUGGAGAUGGAUCUUCUCAUUGGAAGUGCCCAGCAAGAUGGUCUGAUCAGCCGGGCAAAGGCAAUUAAGCAAUUUGAAGAAAGCCAAGGGCGUGCUAACAGCAAAACAGCUUUCUACCAGGCUCUCCAAAACUCACUGGGGGGAGAAGAUGCAAAUCCUGUUGCACAAGCUGCAACUACCUGGUUUUACUCUCUACAGCACUCAUCAACCGAAUAUGCUUCGUUCUCCAGGGCCUUGGAAAAUGCCACUCGGGACCACUUCAUCAUUUGUCCCACAAUAGAAAUGGCCAGGCACUGGGCGAGGAACGGCAGAGGGAACGUCUUCAUGUACCAUGUGCCAGAGAGCAAUUCCCUGAGCAGCUCAAGCCAGGAGUUCCUGCCGGAUGUUCAGUAUGCAUUUGGGCUGCCUUUCCAUCCCCAGUAUCAGCAACGAUAUCCUCAAGAAGAGAAGAUGCUCUCCUUAGCCAUCAUGCAAUAUCUGGCCAAUUUUGUAAAAUCUGGAAACCCCAACGGUCCUUAUAAAUUCUCCAGAGCAGUGACAGGAAUUUCAUCGCCCUGGCCCAUGUUUCGAGCAGACACUGGCGGAGACAAUUAUAAGGAAUUUACUGCUUCCUUAGAGAACCGUAAAGCGCUGAAGAAAGCUGAAUGUUCAUUUUGGUCUGAUUAUAUCAAACCACUCAAAGCUUCAAUAAGUUGCAGAAGAGGGGAGCCUGUCAUUGGAAGGCCCACCAGGGAAUCUACAGCUGUUUCUGAAACAACUCAGAUGACGCUGGUAGAAGAUAAAGUGGCCUACAGUAAAUAGAGCCUCAUGCUUCGGUCUGCUUUGGAACUAACUGGAAGAAAUCUGGACGCUGUGUCUGAGUGGGAGAAUCCUUUUGCUUUAUCAUAACGAUGCACCCAUACUAGAUUACCGUAAUGUCUGCUACGGCUGGUGUUACACAAGACAAGCUGUAUCCAAAAUGAUAUAUAAACCAAAAUGAUAUAUGCCACCUAAUUGAAUUAAACAUAUCCUAUAUCUGUGUAUCAGAUUGUAAACAUAGCGCACAAUAAAAUGUCAACACACUUUCCAAAAA